AUGUCCUCUAAACACUUUCUAGUGUUUCUUUUUGGAGUGGUGUUUCUCACCACUAGUUCUAGCUUUACAAAUUCUUAUAAGCCCCCAGUGUCUGAGAAUAUACCACCUUUUGGAGAUUCUUCUGCGGAUGACAUACCAACCGUUGAAGAAGAGCCUGCACCUAUUAAGAAGGCACCACCAAUUUACAAGAUUACAAUCGAGAAACCACCUGUAUACAAGUUACCAGAGAAACCAAUAAUUUAUGAGUCCUUAAUUACGAAAGAAUCAAUGAUAAUCAAGCCAAACAAACCAAAUUUGCCGCCGCCGCCGCCACGUCCACGGCCAAUACCUAUUUCCAAACCACCAACUCGUUAA